AUGACGGCCAGGUGGGCCCUGGUGAUGCUCAUGGUCCUGUUUGUCUCAGGGACCCCUGUCCCCACCUCCCAGCUCCUCCCUCAGAACCAUCUGGAGACUCUUCCCUACUCUGUGGCCGUGGAGAGCCACUCAGCUGCCACCACAGGGCCCUCAGCUUCCUGGAGCGACUCCAAAGCUAACCCUCACCUGGACACACGUGUCACACUCUCCCUGGAUGUCCCCAUCGGCCUCCUGCGGAUCUUACUGGAGCAGGCUCGGACCAAGGCUGCCAGGGAUCAGGCUGCCACUAACGCCCGAAUACUAGCUCGUGUUGGCCGCCGCUAAGACUGAGAGAAGGGGGUCAUAAAGAUGGGGUGACCCUGGAUGGGAAGUUCUGGAGGACAGCCAUAAAGUUGGACAGUACUAUACCUAGGCAGAGCGCAUACCCAGAUUUUACCAUAGUGGGUCACUGCCAGAGCUUCAGAGUGUCCACAGUAUGUUCAGACAGCUUGGCUG